AUGGAUGACUAUGUGUCCACGCCGGCGGACCUUAGAGGAACUGGGCCAGCAGCUAACUUGGCGCCGGCAUCCCCAAGGACCGAAAGCGCGGGAGUUUCAUCUGAGGAGGGAGACCGGAGCAAUGCACUGAGUCUGAUCCGACAAGAACUCACCCGGAUCUCUGCACGCAUGCUCACGAAGGUGGACUCCAGUGGCCUGCUGCAGGAAUUCCGAACGGCCGUGCGGGAGGAGAUCUCUGCAAUACGCUCGGACCUGUCUGCUGUGGAGGUGAGAGUGGAUGCCCUGGAGACUGAAGCACAACACAGGGCCGCCGAGAUAGCUGCCACAAGGCAGGGGAACCUCUUACUGACACUGAGGCGACAGGUGGAGGAACUGGAGAACCGCAGCCGCCGUCAGAAUAUCCGGAUCCGAGGACUACCGGCUCAGGCUCUCUUCCGACACAUCCUGGGCCGGGAAUGCCCAGCGGAUAUCCAAUUUGAUAGGAUUCACAGAGCCCUGGGAAACCCAGGGACAUCCUGUGUUGCCUACACGCCUAUAGCCUGA